CACGUGUCGCAUCGGCGCAGCCUGACGUCCAAUCAACCACUGACAUGAUCAAGGAUGGAGUAAUGAAUAAUGCACCUGAGCGAGCCCGUAGUGUGUCUCUUGAACCUCCCCCGCCCUUUGAGGAAGUUACUGCAGGACCUGUCCCGCAAGCUUGGGAUUCCGGGACACCACUUUCGGACUCAGUCUCGGCACCGAACAGUCGGGUGGAGGUGGCGACGGAUGUCGAAUCUGCACCCGCCGCAUAUCCGCAGUCACCUAGGCUCGAUGGAAACAUUGGCACCGGUGCGAGUCCGCCACCUUUUUCCGAAUACGUGGCGGAAGCCAUAACCUCGGGCAGUGGUGACAUUGUCUCCCAUGAUCCGCAUCUCAACAAAGAUGGAGAGGCUCUGUAUCGUUUCUUACUAAAUCAUCUUGAGCCUCCACGCUUUCGUCUACAUUGCUGCGGGUCCCAUAGCGAAGAACGUGUAAGAACGAUUUACCGUUCAGAUGGUUCCAGCGACCGUCGGCGCGCUAGCCAAGAAGCAGAGACCGUAACUGUUGUUGAUUUUGACUUUUAUAUCGAUCUUACUCAUUUUCUGGUCACCGCCGGAAACCCUGAAAUUUUCACUUUGGCGGACUCGGAACCAGCAUACCGUGGAAGAAUGUAUCAAGAAGUUGAAAACAUUCCAGUCUUCCUCUCCCCUCACGAAGUCCCACCGCUCCUCUCAUUCUGGGAUAAAUGUAAAGACAUCUUCACUCCGAACAGACGGAUCAGACUUGACGAUGAGGAGUCUCGAGACGAGCACAACCUUAUGUGGCGGAAAGCUGCGCGCCGAGAAAGGAAGAGCGCGGAGAGAUUAAGAAAAGCUCUUGAAGAGCAAGGGCGAGCCCCCUGGGCAGUACAGUUUGCGCCAGAAGAGCAACUUGUUGAUGGGGAGAGGCAGGGAUCAAUGCUGUCGAGGCUGACUGUCAGGGCCUGGGCAGAUGAUUACUGCUCCAGCGAGAUGGUUUUAAAAGAUUUCACCUUUACAAAGGUUGUGUAUGGAUGGGAGUUAGGAACGCUCAAGGAAGGCGGGGGAUUUCCAUCUAUUCUUUUCAGGAUAAAUAUUGACAUUUUCCAUAGCUAUCUGAAUAAAAUCAACAUUCGACCGGACAACCGCCUUUCACGCGCUCUUUCUACAGUGUGGAUCGUAGUUGUUCUUUGGUGCCUUUUGAUCUACCCCUUUAUAUGGCUUUGGCGACGAUUCAGCCAGAGGGGAGGGGGUUACUGGGAUAUGUGUGGAGCCGCCUACGCAUUGAAACGGCAAGAUGAUCCUUCGGCACCCCGUGUAGAUGUGACUGUAGGCGCGGAAAGUUUCGGAUGGCGAUCUGUCACCAAGACGCUCGGUGCCAAGGAAGGAGAGUGGUUCAAGGAUUGGGAAGCGACGAUCUUGAAUGCUGUACGGUGCCGUACACAGUCCUCUACACCCUUAGAGCGCAGACGUGAUGCAAGACAAAUGCUGGACGGGUAUUCCUCAUGA